AAAAGGGAUUCAUUUGUUGUGUGUGUCUUUCUCUUUCCUCUAUAUAUCAUCCUUCUUCACUGAGAUAUGCUUCACUUGUAACAUUUCCACAACUGUAGCCAAACUUUUGUGUUCUGAUAGUGAUGAUCAUGAUCAUCACAUGAAUAAGUAGAAGAUAUCUCUUACCUUCUCCUUCUUCUAAUAAGAUCAGAGUUUUGGUUCUUAUUUCUUUGCUCUCAAAACAAUGGGUAGAUCACCGUGUUGUGACAAAUUGGGUUUGAAGAAAGGACCUUGGACACCAGAGGAGGAUCAGAAACUUUUAGCUUAUAUUGAAGAACAUGGUCAUGGAAGUUGGCGUUCAUUGCCUGAGAAAGCUGGUCUCCAUCGAUGCGGAAAGAGUUGUAGACUAAGAUGGACUAACUACCUAAGACCUGACAUCAAAAGAGGCAAAUUCAACUUACAAGAAGAACAAACCAUUAUCCAACUCCAUGCUCUGUUAGGAAACAGGUCUGGUCCUUCUUGCAACAAAACAAAACAAUCACAAAUCUUUUCCUAAAGUUUUCAUGAUUCUUUUUUUGUUUGUAUAUAGAUGGUCAGCGAUUGCUACUCAUUUGCCAAAGAGAACAGACAACGAGAUCAAGAACUAUUGGAACACUCAUUUGAAGAAACGGUUAGUGAAAAUGGGGAUUGAUCCAGUGACUCAUAAACCCAAAAACGAGACUCCUUUAUCUUCUCUUGGUCUAUCCAAGAACGCAGCUAUACUUAGCCACACUGCUCAAUGGGAAAGUGCAAGGCUUGAAGCUGAAGCAAGACUAGCUAGAGAAUCAAAGCUUCUUCAUUUACAACAUUACCAAACCAAAACAUCAUCUCAACCUCAUCAUCAUCAUGGAUUCACUCACAAGUCAUUGUUACCUAAUUGGACAACAAAACCACACGAAGAUCAACAACAGCUUGAAUCUCCGACAUCUACAGUGUCAUUCUCUGAGAUGAAGGAAUCAAUCCCGGCGAAGAUAGAGUUUGUCGGAUCAUCAACUGGUGUGACUCUGAUGAAAGAACCUGAACACGAUUGGAUCAAUUCAACGAUGCACGAGUUUGAAACUACGCAGAUGGGAGAAGGAAUCGAAGAAGGGUUCACGGGUCUCUUGCUCGGUGGUGAUUCAAUCGACCGGAGUUUCUCCGGCGAUAAAAACGAGACGGCCGGCGAGAGUAGUGGUGGUGACUGCAACUACUAUGAGGACAACAAGAACUACUUGGACAGCAUUUUUAACUUUGUAGAUCCUUCACCGUCGGAUUCACCGAUGUUCUGAAUCUAAGGGUUGAUAUUUGUUGGGAAUGUUUUUGAUUCUUUUUUAGUUUCUAGUUUUUGUGCUUAAACUCUGAUUAGACAAUUUUUAAACUAAUCCAAUUUUUGCGCUUUCUUUUUUCUUUAAUUACUGUUUCACUAAAUUAUGCUAUUUGGAUUAACAUUCCAAAAAAAGGACGUCGUAGAGAGAGAGAGAAAAAAAAAAAGACAAGCAUGAAGUUUAUGUUUGUUCAAUUUCUUAGAAUUUUAAAGAUAGUUUAUGCAUGGUUCAUAGAUUUCAAGGUCCGGAGACCAAAACUGUUCCAUGCAAAAUACUUUGAUCCCAAUGUAAUUAAUUUUUGUUAACUAUUAAUUAGUGUUUUGCUUGC